CUGCGGUCGCUCCAUGGCCGGGCGCCACUGGCCUCCUGGCCUCUGUUACCGCUGACGAUAUGGCGCAUAAAGGUCACAGUGGUGUGAAUCAGCUGGGCGGUGUCUUCGUCGGUGGUCGGCCGCUCCCGGACUCAACGCGACAGAAAAUCGUCGAGUUGGCGCAUUCUGGCGCGCGUCCUUGUGACAUCUCGAGGAUACUUCAAGUCAGCAAUGGUUGUGUCUCGAAGAUACUUGGAAGGUAUUACGAGACGGGCUCGAUACGACCGAGGGCAAUAGGCGGUAGUAAACCCCGAGUGGCAACCGCCGAGGUAGUAGGUAAAAUUUCCAUGUACAAGAGUGAGUGUCCAUCGAUAUUCGCAUGGGAGAUACGUGACCGACUGCUCCAAGAAGGCGUCUGCACCAAUGACAACAUACCAAGUGUGUCGUCCAUCAACAGGGUACUGAGGAACCUAGCUGCGCAGAAGGAGCAGAGACAGCAGCAUCAGCAGCAGCACAAUCCCCAGCAGCAACAGGGCGUUGGAGUUGGCGCUGGUAGUCCUUCUGAUAGUGUUUACGAUAAGUUGAGGCUGCUCAAUGGACAGACGACUGGGUGGCCGAGGCCAAAUCCUUGGUACCCAACCGGUGCUGGAAGUCCAUUUCCGUCUCUUCAACCGUCUCUGAGUCCCAGUCACUGUACAGCGCUCCCCCCAGAUCCAGCGGACAUUCUCCACGCGAAGAAAGUGGCUGAGUUAGAAGGUGGAGCUCACUCAGACGAGACAAACAGUGGUGGAGACAACAGCAAUGCGGGUAGUGUAUCCGGUGGUGGUGACGAUGAUCAAGCGCGACUAAGAUUAAAACGCAAACUCCAGCGGAACCGCACGAGUUUCACGAACGAGCAGAUCGACGCCCUUGAGAAAGAAUUCGAGAGAACGCACUACCCAGACGUCUUCGCCCGGGAGAGAUUAGCCGGAAAAAUAGGUCUCCCCGAGGCGCGAAUACAGGUAUGGUUUUCGAAUCGACGCGCAAAGUGGCGACGCGAGGAGAAACUGAGGACACAGAGGAGGGACAACGGUGGACAACAGCAAUCGAGUCAACAGCAGCAGCAGCAGGCACCCCAACAGCAACCGCAGCACACUGGGGCUGUUAGUCUAGGGCAUCUGACCCCACCGCCCUCUAUUCUCGGUGGUCAAGCCCCUCCACAGGGACCACCAUCACCACCGAGAAUUCAUCAUGGGUUCGCUCCUACCGCUGUGUAUCCAGGGAUACCAAGCAUGCCGGAUUCGUACAGUCCCAUGACGUCAAUGCCCAGCUUCACCAUGUCCGGCCAACAGAGCCAGCAGCACACAACCAGCAUGUCCUCCCUGUCGUCCGGAGGAAUGGGUCCAAUGGGAAUGACAGUUGGCAUGACAGUGGGACCGAGUCCAGCGGCCUGCCUCCAUCAGCGCGACAAUGGCUACUCCUGCGGUGUUGCCCGACCCCCGAGCUACGAGCCUCUGCACCUCGGCUACGGUGGACGUCCCUCCUGCAGUCCAACGCAACCCUAUCACACAACUGGCUUGAAUCAAUACAACCAGAAUGCCAGCUCGACUGGCUUGAUAUCACCAGGCGUGAGUGUACCAAUUGCCGUGCCAGGGCAACCAGCGCCAGAAAUGUCAGCCCAAUACUGGUCCCCGAGGCUGCAGUGACCGUGGUGAUCGUCCACGUCGACCCCAACGUAAUAACCAACACCCAAAAGCGUCAUGAAAGACCGGUCCUCGUGUGUACGAUCUCAAUAUCACCUCUACUGCCACCCUCACACAUAAAAAAAUAUAUACAAAAAGAAAAUUGGUCUCUUAAGCGUCAAGUCAAAGAGCGUCGUUAAGUUUGUUAUCACAAGAAUCAUUUAGUAAACUUAUUUCAUUUGUAGAAAGAAAAAAAAACCUGGAGGUAGGUAAAUCAAAGAAUUAUUCGAAAUGAAGGAAUCUAGUUGUUAAGUCGAUAUUAUUAGUAAUAUUUAUAUAUUCGUGUAACGAAAAAAAAAAGAAAGUGAUGAGAUGAAGAGGAAUAAUAAUGAAUCGGUCGAUGAAUGUCGUGUGUGCACACCCCAAAUUUAUCCCCCCCCGACUAUUUUCCAUUAUAAUUAAUUACGGCAUUGGCAGGAUAAAGAUGGCAACAAAGAUUUAAUUAAACGUCGAUUCGCUAUUGUAUACAUAAUUACAUGUCUCUAUUGUAUAUGAUCACCCGUGAGUUUUAAUUAAUUGUGAACUAAAGAGAACAGCUGGAAAUUUAAUCAACAGAAUGAAAAAGAAUUUUUAAAAAAAUUAUAAUUAAUUGACCGAAUUGUGAUUUGUCUUUUAGGCCAGACUAAUGUUUUAAGCGUACAAUUAUACGAUUCUAAAUAAAAUAUAGAUAGAGUGUGCUUUAAUCAGAGUCAAAGAGAACCCUUCUUCACCGUCCUACUACUGUCCAACAAAUUUCACUCAAACAGCCGACAAAUUAAAACCUAGUAAUUAAGAGAAUAAACUUACCUUGGAGUUUCUUGGGUAGGAAUCAUGUA